CCUGCAUUCCGUGUAUUGUGGCUCUUUUUCGGUUAAAAUGAUGCGAUUUUAGUGCAAUAAAUAAUUUAAAAGUUAUUGUAGUGAAUGUGUAAUCCGUAAACAUUUACGCUCUUGCCAAUUUCCCGUACGGCGAGUCGGCCAACUGUGCUGCGCACUGCACCGCGUGGUGCGUCUGUGUUGGUGUUACCGUUUGUCAUCGUUCCCAAAACAUCACAGCCCGUCUGACAGCGAUAAGCAAUUGACAAGAGGGAAAAAGCCAAUGGCGGAUUUUUUAGCUGCCUUUGGCGGGACAACAACAGUGCGUGACAGGCCUUCCGUUGUUCGCGCGGUAUAACUCGUUCCGUUCAAAACUGUUUCGUGCGAUUCGCGGGCCGCGUUGGGCGAUCGCUUGCAUCUUCCCCCGGACUCUUGCGGACGGGCACGGCAACACAGGCCCCGUGUAUCCUUCCCUCCUCCCCCCGGGCCGACCGUGUCUCCCGUUCCCGUGGCCAGUUCCUUUGAGAUAAACCAAUCGCCCCCCGGGGUGGGCUGUGCGAAGAGAUUAGAAGCGACAAAGAAGAAGUUGCGAUCUGGCGCGUAAGAUAAAUAAUCGAAGCCAUCCGCUCGACUGCCCGUGACCAUAUUUAGAACAUCAUUAGCUUAAAGCCGGAGGGAGGAUGCAUAUUUGGUGUGGUAUGGUGCGAACUUGAAGCUUGGAGGCGAACGAAUAAUGUUGGUGCAGCAAGGUGAUUCAAACGCGAUAAUACCACCACCGGGCAUUAGGUUAGCGAGGUAACGCACGGCGCGAUAGAUGACGGACGAACCGGCGGGACACUCCGGUACGGUGAGCAUGAGCGAACCGAAGAAAGCGACCAAACGCUCCAGAAUGAGCGACAGCAAGCAGCAGCGGGCCAAGGCGCUGGCACUUCGGGGCCUUUCGUCGCCUACUCCGAGUAUGUUGCUGGAGGAGGAUGACGAUGGUGAGUUUGAGCCGACCUCGAAACGACGGUUCGACAAAUCGCUCACCAUGCUGACGCGGAGCGUGGUGAAGAUGCUGCGGGAAACACCGGACGGCGUGCUGUAUCUGCGUGAUGUGUCAUCGACUUUAUCCAACCGACAGAAGCGACGCAUCUACGACGUUACGAACGUGCUGGAAGGCAUUGGGCUGGUGAAGAAGCAGGUCAAAAACCACAUCAAAUGGGUUGGCGAAGAGCUGACGACGGAAUCAUGCCUCGGUACGGCGCGCCAAAUCGGCGUACACAUGCGAAAGCGCCGCCAGUUGGAGCUGCGGGAAGCGUGGUUCGAUGCGCAGCUGGAGGCAAUGCGCAAAAGCACGCAAAUGCUGCACGCGGAUGAGGCGCUGCGCUCCUUCCUGUACGUGACGAGCGACGAUCUGACGACCGUGUUCGGCGACAAGCGGCAGCUGCUCGUGCUGAGCGAGAACGAAUUUGCGCCGAGAAGCAAUAACCAGUCAUCAUCGGUGAUGAUGAUGAUGAUGAAGGCGGCAGCGUCCGUGGCUGCUGCUGAUGGUGGUUCCGCUACCACUAGCCGAGGCCAGUCCUCCUCCUCCUCGCUGCUCUCCACCACACCCAACUGGCAAAUCACUCCCGAUCCCAUACCGUACGGGGGCAGCGUCCGGCAGCUGUGGGUGCGAUCGAAACCGAACGGACCACCACUGACGCUGAUGGUGCUGAAGGAGCCGGCGGGAUCGUGCUACACGCGCCCAAGUCGACGGUCGGCAGUGCUACGGCCCGGGGCCGAUCAGCGAUACGUAAAGCUGCCGGAACCGAUCGAGAAGGAAAAGCGGGAGGAGGAGGAGCAGGAGCAAUCUAUAGCAGCAGCGGGAGGAUCGAAAAGUGCAAUAGAACAUCGGGAGCGUUCGUCGGACCAUAGCCAAGGUGCGCUCUCGUCGGAAUCGUCCUCCGAAGGGAGGCAGCAGCAGCAGCAGAAGGAACCGGAAGAAUCAGAUGAAGACGAGUGCAUGAUCGCGCAGCAACGGGAACGGCUCGCUCGGAUACUGCUGGACGAGCGGGACGAUGACCGCCGCAGCCAGUACCGGCCGAACGGGUGGCGGAACCGGAAGCGGGAAACGCGCGGACUGGUGAAACCGUUCCUGGUGGUAAACCCACGGUUCUACGGCAACUACCCGUUUGCGCUCGGGCGGGACGAGGGUGUGUUUGAUCUGUUCGGGUACGGGACGGCCGACAGCAAGCACAACCAAAGAGUGGAGGAAGAAGAACCGUCGACGACGAUGACGAUGGUGUCGAGCGCGGUUCAGGACGACGUGUCCGGUGAGGGGUAGAGUAGCAGGGACAGAUAUUAGAUUUGGACGGAAUUGGGACUAAGCAGUGCACGUUGACGUGACGAGAAGCGAAAGCGUAAUUAUUAAUAAUUUGUGGUAAUUUUAGAAUAAUUUUCUUUAACAAACAAGAUAACCCAAUCAUCCAGACUGCCAAGCCUAAGUGUAGACUUUGUUUGCGUGAUGUGUGUGUGUGUGUUUUUUUUUUUUUAAUUUGUCAUUUGAUAACGCACGCGUUUCCCAGUCCUUCCAUGAGCAUGUGGGAUGCAAAAAUAGUCUGUGUUUUAGGAUUUAAUUCUCUUCGAGAGCCAGGAAUAUUCAGUAGAAUUGUGUAACUUUUCCACUUUCGAUCGUACAAGUCAAGGAUCAAGGCUCAAAUUGUUCACGUCACCUUUAUCGUGCCGGGCGCUAAAUUAAAUUAAAUUUUCAUCCAUCGAUUUUCACGCAUCGGAGCGCCACAGACACACUUAGUAGUAAUGAAUUAGCAAGAGGAUUAUGCUAACAAUAAUUUCUAGACAAAUGAGAUAAUGAACUAAAGUGCGAGAGUCUUUCGGUAAAAAAAUAAAUGUAUAGUUCUCCCCCUUAUCCUGCAGCGGUGGUUUGCAUUAUUGUCUCUUCAUUUCUUUAUCUUAUCACAAACAAUCGAUCGAAUAGGAAGCGCAGGGUCGCAGGUUCGCUCCACAAAUGACACAUGAGGCACAAGAGUUUAAAAAUGCAUAUACCACUCGCAAUUAGCAGCUUCACCGGUGUAGUCAAUUUGACACCGCUGCAGCUCACUAGCAAUGGGCAUUUUUCGCGAACUGCACGUACUGCUCACAAUCUACAAAUGCUGCUCGCUAGUGCCGUACGUUCCUCCCCGUCCAGCCAGGGAAAACGCGAAACGAGUGUAUCGUUGCUUUCGGCUGCGGAUAGUGCUGGCACUGGGCGUAAUACUCUUCAUCACGUGGCUCCGGGCACAGAUCCUUACCGAGUACUCGCUGUUCUUGAACAGUUUAUCGUACGUGAUGUGGCUGCUCGCCUCGACGGUGGACACAAUCGCGCUUAGCCUGCUGCUCAUUGCAAACGGCAUCAAUGUGACCCAUUACGGCACACUGAUCAAGUUGCUGGAUCGUAUCGAAGGUGCUAUCGACCGGUGGCCGAGUACGACGACGACCGCAAAUCGAUCGCCAGCCUAUCCACCGUACCGUUGGGUGGCCAUGGUGGGCGCUUGUCUCUGUACCGUCUACUAUUGGUACGGAUUCUUUAGCAACUUCGAGCCGGACAUUAGCCUGGUGCUGCAGAUUCGCUGGGAGCUACUGCUGGUGGAUGUGUAUGUGGUGCACGUGUUUCUGCUCCUUCUCGCGAUGGGACGGUGCGCGAAACGGUUGCAAUCGAUGUACGGCGAAACAGUGCAGCGUGCCGAUGUUACGAAUUUGUGUGCCGUUCUUCGCCUUCGAGACGAUCUGCUGCACUGUGUCACGCUGGUGAACCGGAUCUAUGGCACGCUGUUCCUGGGCAUCAGUGCGUCCCUGCUCAUUUCGAUGACCUGUGUAGUGUAUUUCGAUUUCGUCUACACUGGGUUACAGUUUUACCACGAUCAACCGUACCUGGUGGAGCAUUCGGUGAUGUUGCUGUGGAAGUGUGUCCUUACGGGUGGCUUAUUAGCCGUGGCGGGAUCGGUAGCGGAACAGGUAAAUAAUGCCAAAAAAUGGUGCAUUUGUCACACAUAAAAAGAAAUGAUCCGCUUUUAUCGCACACCGUGUAGAUACAAGCAAUAACGCUAAUUUCGGGGCACUGCACGUUCGAUUCCGUGCACAAUCGACCGCUGGCAGCGAUGGUAGAUAAGCUGCACUACAAGUGUCUAUUUCAGGACGUCCGCUUCACCGUGUACGGACUGUUUACGAUCGACAGCAGCUUAAGCUACAUGGUGAGUGCUAAAAAGCUUCGACAGUACAGAAACAAUUGCUUCACACUUUAUCUUCCGCAGGUGGUAAGCUCGAUCGUAACGUACCUGGUGAUCGUGACGCAGUUCCGCCAGUUGGAAGUCGACAAGGCAGCCAAACGGAUGGGUCGCUCUUAGCACUAUUUCGGUGGGGCAAAAUGGUUUCGGACUGUUGGUUCAAAGCGCAAUAAAUGGCUUGAAAAACACCGGCUGCGGCUUGCUUUGAGGGCGUGUGGUUGGUGGUGUUGCGCACAACACGACGCCAGCUUUGUUACAAUAAAAGCGAACAAAACCGUCUCCCCCCACCGCCCUCCCGAUUAUUCGCUUUUUAAUGCGUUUGAUCAAUACCCUGCCAAUGGCGACAAAGCUGUUUCUGUUGCUCCCUGUCUUCCUUUUCAGUUGUACUUUACUCGAGCUGCUCUUAUGCAUUAGCUAUUCCCUACCAUGCCAUACAUUGUGCUUUUCCUCCUAUUAUGGGUGCUGUUCUGCAUGCAGAAUGGGCCGAUUCAGCUACACACACAACCUUGCACUGGCCUCUGCAUAAAAACAUUCACAUCUCUUCCGUCACUGUCACAAGGCUAUUCGCUACAUUACGUACUUUUCUCGAUAGGAAGAGACAUAUUUUUCAUCUUUCUCUUUUUUCUCUCUCAAAUAAAUCUCAUAACUUCUAACUAACGCCGUUGCUAAAGCUAUUAAAAAAAUAGAUUAACAAAUAUACCUUAACGCAUGUCAUACUUACAACAAAAAACGUACACUUCGUUUGCUUCCAUUCCUCUCGUAUCGUUCGUGGUGUUAAACCGACGCCUACACUCACACUCUCACACACACAUAAGUCAAACACACUUAACGUAAAUUGGGUAGCAAAAGAGAAAACUUAAUCUGCUUAGAGACAAAUUAACGACGACGGGCUUAAAGUAAACGUAGAAAAAGAAGCUAACAGCAUUGGUGCAACUGCGGCACACACACCAAUACGAAGAGACUUACUUCAUACAACAAAAAAAAAAAAAAAAAGACAA